AUGCUGGGUUCAUCGAUGUACGCUCUGAGGCUUCAGCGGGUGGAAUUGAAGCACGCUUCCCGGAACGGAAUCUUUCGACGGUGGAUGAGCGUUCGUCCACAGGAUAUUGGCAUCUCCGAAGUUCGCAAGAAGGUCACCAUCCAGUCGUUAUACCAAAACAAAGCGAAUGGCACUCCGAUAUCAAUGCUCACUGCGUAUGACUACCCAACGGCAGUCGCAUGCUCAUCGCACCCGGUCGAUAUCACUCUGGUGGGCGAUUCACUGGCGCAAGUGUGUCUCGGAUAUCCCUCGACCACCCAUCUAUCUGUUGCCGAGAUGAUUCACCACACCCGAGCGGUCGCCCGAGGCACGACACACCCUCUCCUUAUUGCCGAUAUGCCCUUCGGAUCAUAUCAUACGGGCAUCGAAGACGCUCUGCGAAAUGCAGUACGCAUGGUCCAGGACGGACACGUCGAGGGUGUAAAGAUGGAAGGGGGGCAAGAACUCACUGAAAUUGUCCGACGUUUAUCCUCAGUAGGCAUCCCCGUAAUGGCACACGUCGGGCUACUUCCCCAACGACAUAUUGCAAUGUCCGGGUACAAAGUGCAAGGUCGCGACCGAAAUGGCGCCAAACGCAUCUUGGCCGAUGCCCUCGCUCUGCAAGAAGCAGGCGCCUUCUCGAUAGUAUUGGAAGCCAUACCGAAGGAACUCGGAAAGUACAUCACGGAGAAACUGGAGAUUCCAACGAUCGGCAUCGGUGCAGGCCCGCAUACCGACGGACAGGUGUUGGUUUGGGACGACAUGAUGGGCACGUGGAAUGGCCACAAGGCCAAGUUCGUUCGCCGAUUUGCAAACGCUAAGCAUGAACGGGACAGUGGCGUCGAAGCGUACUGUGAAGCCGUUAAAUCCCGCUCCUUCCCCGACGAGAACACCGAAAGCUACUCUCUGGACAAGAACGAAUGGGCCCAAUUUCUGGAAGAUCAGAAGUCACAGUGA